AUGGUUGAUGUCAAUGAGUCGAUCUGUUCUUCAGCGAGGGCUGGGGUUGAUGAUCAAGUGAAGGUUCGGGGACAGCGAGUUGAGCUCGGGGAGAUUGAACAUGCGUUACGCAGUCAGGAGUACGUCGAUGAGGCUGUUGCUAUCCUUCAGGGCGAGUUCAAGGAGAACGCUCAAAUUGCUAGCUUUGUCACUAUUCAUGAUGAAACUGUUGUGCAAGGAGAGCAGUUGGAAGCUCAAGAAGAAUCCGAACAGCAGAUCAAAGCCUGGGAAGUUCAAUUUGACGACGAUAUGUAUUCGUCCAUGGAGAAGGUUCAAACGCAACAAGUUGGAAGAGACUUCGUUGGGUGGAGUUCAAUGACUGAUGGGGAGGACUUUGAUCAUCAAGAUAUGAACGAGUGGCUUGAUGACAUAUUGAAGUCUAUCCUCAAUGGUUGCAAGUCGAUUGAUCAUGUUCUAGAAAUUGGAGCAGGUCCAGGAAUGAUCUUGUUCAACCUGGCACACAAACUACAAAGCUACAUCGGCUUGGAGCCAUCAGAAAAGGCUGUGGAUUUUGUGGCUCAAUCGGUGGCUCGUCUCCCUCACCUAAAGGACAAGGUGAAGAUCUUCAAGGGUACCGCCGCUGAUAUUUCUCGCCUCACCUCCAGUACGCCCAUUCUUCCAGAUACCGUGGUCAUAAACUCGGUUCUUCAGUACUUUUCUAGCCAAGAGUAUCUCGUGGGUGUUGUCAGGGAUAUCAUCAAACUAGGGAGUGCCAAAACCAUCUUUUUCGGAGACGUUCGAUCUUAUGCGCUUCACAAAGAGUUCUUGGCCAUGAGAGCUAUCCACGCCCAGAGGGAUAUAAGUCAACAUGAUCUUAGUCGCAUCAUUCUCAACAUGGAGAAAUCUGAACCAGAGUUAAUGGUUGAUCCGGGCUUCUUCACAGUCAUGGCGGCGACAAACGAGCUAAGUUGUUAUCGUUACGCCGCAGUGGUACAUCUUGCUUCUGAAAAUGUGCACCAUACCAUCAGGCAUAUCAGCGAGGAUGGUUGGGUCGACUUCAAAAUACAGAGACUUGAUACCCCGGAUACACUAGCGAUCAGCAACAUCCCUUGCAGCAAGAUUGUAUUUCCCAGAGCUAUUGUUGAAGCAGUGGAAAGUGCAGAGUUGGAUAAUCAAGGAUCGGGUAACUGGCUAUCCAUAGUCAGCGAAAGUGCAGAGUUUUAUAACUCAAUGUCUCCAAUGGAUCUUGUGGAUUUGGCCCAGAGAGCAGACUAUCGGAUCGAGCUCAGCUGGGCUCGUCAAUCAUCGCAGCUUGGAGGACUUGACGCUAUCUUCUAUCGCUAUAACGGGCCGGAUGAUAAAUCCAAGAGGACUUUAUUCUGUUUUCCCAAGUGA